AUGAGCGAUUAGACUACAAAAAAAAUAGAUAAAUACUAAUUUAACUUAAAUCAGCGCAUAGGUUCUGGAUCAUAUGCAAAUGUUUAUAAAGGCGAAGAUAGGGAAACUGGAAAAGCUGUUGCAAUCAAAAUGAUUGAUAGGAAAAAAAUAUCUUAGGAAGAUUAUUUAAUGAACGGAUUACUGCAGGAAAUAUAAAUAAUGAAAAAAUUGGAUUCAAAUUAUAUUGUUAAGCUAAUUGAUGUACUUGAAACAAAAAAUAACUACUAUAUUGUUUAAGAAUUUUGUGAUUAGGGUGAUUUUAGAAAUUAUUUGAAGUAAAAAGGAUAUCUGCCUGAACAAGAAGCAAAAUAAGUUUUAGUUGAUAUUCUUAAUGGUUUUUUAGAACUGUUAAAGCAUGGAAUUAUUCAUCGUGAUUUGAAGCCUGAAAACAUUUUGAUUUAAACAAAAAAUCCUUAGACAGGCGAAAGAAUAUUUAAACUUGCUGAUUUUGGAUUUUCUAGAACUGUAGACAAUUUUAGAAGAGAGCUUUUAACCAGUCUUGUUGGAACACCUCUUUAUAUGAGUCCAUAAAUUCUCAUGUUUAAAAAAUACACAUCCAAAAGUGAUAUUUGGAGUAUAGGUUUGAUUAUGUAUGAGAUGCUUUACGGAAAGACUCCAUGGAAUGCAAUUAGUUAAUAUUAGUUAGUAGAAAUGAUUAACAAAUAGCCAAUAAACUGGAAAAGCGAAAACAUCAUAAGUGAAGAGGCUAUCAAUUUUAUGUAUAAAUGUCUUCAGUUAGAAGAAGAAAAGCGUAUAUAAUGGGAUGAAAUUUAUGCACAUCCUCUGUUUGGUGAUCAUUUCGUUCACUUCUUAGAAAAAAAUAAAAAUCUUGAAGACAAAGCUUUAUAUUUAAUUAACAACUUAAGAUAAAAAAUACAUUCAACUAACACUGACUUAAUGCAACUUUUUAAAUAUUUCGAUUUAACAAACGAUUCUAAACUUACUAUUAAAGAAUUUGAGUAGCUUAUGAAAUAGAUUGAUAAGGAUUUGAAUAGGGAAGAAAUUGAAUAUAUUUUUAACAAGUUUGAUAGCGAUGGAGAUAACAAAAUUGAUUUUACUGAGUUUUAAAAAUGGCUAGAGCAUAACAAUAUUAGGUUAAGCAUAAACAACAGUUAGUAAAAUAGAAGAAAAAUGAUUGAUUAGCAGCUUGAUUAGGAGGUUAAGCAGCUUAUUUAAAAAUAAUAGUAGCAACCACCUAAUUUAGUGUAUACACACAGCUAGUUUUCUCCUUUAGCAGCAAAUUAGCCUCACAUAGAUAUAACAUCAAAUAGUAAGUUUUAUUAGAAUCAUGCAACUUAAGACAAAUAAAUAAUUAAUAAUGGUAAUAAUGGUAACUAAAUUAAACAGUAACCUUAGUAGUAAAACAUAAAAGUAUCACAAGCAAAAUAAUAUGAUUCAGAACCUGGUUAAAAUAGUAGUGAUGAAUCAAAGUAAAAAUAAGACAUUUCUUAAAGCUAGAGAAAACUAUCACCAGAGGAGAAAGCAAUCUUUGCAAUUGGAAAAUUGAAACUUGCUAUAGAUCAAUAUAAAAUUAAUAACAAAGAAUUAUUUAAUAGGUAUGAUAAAAGCUAGCAAGAUGCAAUAUAAUUAAGUGAAUUUACAAGAAUGAUUAAGAAAAUAGAUGAUAAACUUUAAGAUGAAGAAAUAGCAAUAGCUUUUUAAAAAUUCGACUAUGAUAAUAGUGGGAAAAUAACAUUUAAGAAAUUUGAUACAACCUUAGCAAAUAUCGGAAAUUCGAUAGUUAUUUAAGUUAAGUAAAAGUAAAAAUAAACAUCCUCAUAAAAAUCAUUGUCAGAUGUUAAAGAUAAUUUUUCAUAGCCAGAUUCAGAGAAAAAGUAAAGCCACCAAAAAAGUAAUAGUGGAGCAAGUACAGAUAGCAAUAAAGAAUAUCAAUAGUUUUCAAGUGCUCCAACAAGAACUUCUAAUAAUUGA